AGGGGAGGUAAUUGUGACAUUGUUAUUUUCUGUGUCAUAAAAUUUUAAGGGUGGGAAAUAAUGCCCAUGAUCGUAUAAUAGUGAUUUGAUAACCUAUUGAGCAAAAGACAGAAAUAAUUAUGUUUUGACUUUCUUAGAAAAUUUGAAAUUCUCGCUUUAAGUAUUUUACAAGUUAAGCACUAGGCUUAAAUUAUAUCACCGGUAAAUUGUAUACAAAAAGCAACUGAAAGUGCUUAAACUAAUUAGAAGCUUAUAUUAAACUUGCUGGUUUGAUGAUUGCACACAGCUGUAAUAUGUUUGGAAUUUCUAUAUGCCCACAUUUGUCUCCAAAAGGUCUUGUUCCUUUCAAUAUUGGCAUCUAUUAAUAUCUGACUGUUACUUCAUGGAUUAUGGCCCCUGAUUGUACAAAAAAUCGUGUUUGAAUAUAUCACUGUUACACCAUAAUGAUGCUUGAGUUCGAAUUUCAUAAAAAUUGGACCAAAACUGCCCAACAAAAUGGCCGCUCCUUGAAUGUAAAUAGUGUAAAAGUAUGUAAUAUCAAGGUUGUGGACCCUCUAGAGGUCACACUUUUUUCAUUCGAUUUUGAUGAAACUGGAAAUAUAUGUUUAUAUCCCAAUGAUCUCAAUUCUUUUAGAUAUUUGCGCACAUCAGACCAUAACUUCCGGGAUUAUGCCCCCUGAUUGUACAAAGAAUCACAUUUUUAGCUUGUGGACCCUCUAGUGGUCACAAUUUUUAUCCGAUUUUAAAAACUGUUUAAAUGUAUCCCCGUUACACCAUAAUGAAGGUUGAGUUCGAAUUUCGGGAAAAUAAAAACGAAACUGCCAAACAAAAUGGCCGCUACUUGUACGCAAAUAGUAAAAAAGUAUGUAAUACAAAGGUUGUAGACCCUCUAAAGAUCACAAUUUUUGUUUGAUUUUGAUGAAACUUGAAAUAUAUGUUUAUAUCCAAAAGAUAUCAGUUCCUUGCAAUAUUUGUGCAUUUCAGACCAUAACUUACUGGAUUAUGGCCCCUGUUCUCUGGUUUAUUCUGUGUGCUGUGUAUCGCUAUAAUUGAUAAGACUAAUUACAUUAACUUACUGCAUCUUCUACCAUUUGAAGUUGAAAUAAUAUUUAGAAUUUCAGAUGGUUUGUGAUAAUCGAACUUUGACAGACUCAAGGAUGAACAUAAAGCAAACCUGCUUCGGCCAGCUUGUUCUCUAUCCAUCUCUUGCAAAAUGUGGGCGUAUCUUGCCUGGCAGCCACUGGUUAUUUGUAUUUUAGACUGGAUUCUCGACAGAGGAACAUGAAGCUAUUCAAGAUUGUUUACGACAAAGACUUGGACCUAAAUUUAUCAGCCAAAGAACAGGAGCAGGGGGACUGAAAUUAGCUUAUAUAGAGGGAUGGAAGCUGAUUAAUAUAGCAAAUGAAACUUUUGGUUUUAAUGGCUGGUCACAUUCCGUCACAAAUCAAACUGUUGAUUUUGUUGAUCAUAUCAAUGGAAGAUAUUAUGUAGGAGUUAGUGCCAUGGUACGUGUACAGUUAAAGGAUGGUGUUUAUCAUGAAGAUAUUGGCUAUGGUGUUAGCGAAGGGUUAAAAUCUAAAGCUCUGUCUAUAGAAAAGGCUCGCAAAGAAGCAGCAACAGAUGGCUUAAAACGAUCACUCAAGAAUUUUGGAAAUGCAAUGGGAAAUUGCUUAGGUGACAAAGAAUAUUUAAAAUGUGUGGGUAGAGCUCCAAAACCGCCUCCUGAAGUUUGUAAUUUGGCCGAUCUGAAAUCAGAAAUGCUGAACCCAAAAAUAUUACACGCCAGACAAAAAAAUAAAUAUAAUCCAUCCAUUACCAUUACGCAGCAUAAUCUCAUGAAUGGCAACCAAUCAGAUUCAAAGUAUGAUAAAGAUUCUACCUCCACUAACCAGAUAAAACCUAGAAACUCAACAUCACCAAGAGUAGAUGUUACUACGUCUGAAGAAACAAAUGGCAGAGUGAAAGCGUUGAGUGUAGAAAGUACAGUUAUAAUGUCACGAAGAUCUAGUUCUGAGACUGGAACAAUCAGAGAUAACCGAUUGAUUAAUCCUGCACCUAAUGUUAACCCCACCAGUUACAAUCAAGGUGUUCCUAACAAUUCAAAUAGAGACCAGGCCUGUCCUGUUGGGUCACCAAUACUGUCAGAGGAAGAAAAAAAGAAACAGGAAAGAAUUCGACGACAGAGGGAAAAACAAUUGAGAUAUCAAGAACAGAUUCGUCAAAAUACUGCUCUUCAAGACAGUAACUUAGAACCUACCAGAAUGGGUUUACCUAUGGCCACAUCUACACCUUUUGUUGGUGGAAGUAGAAAUAGUCCCAUCAUGCCUCUUAGACUACCUUCCAAUCAGAAUACACCUAAACAAGAUGAUGGUGCUUCUUACAUCCAGGUAAAACAUAUAUCAGACCAACCACCAAUACAACAACUUGUAGCAGAAGAUAAUUUUGAGGAUGAAAUCUGGAGUCAAGCCGACUAUUUAUUAGAGGAGAAUUUAGUAGAAGACGAUGAGAAUCGUCAACCUGGUUUAAAAACUAGAAGUAAACAAAGGAAUAGAGGUCCUAUAACAACUGGUCCAAACACUGAUGUUAUUGUGAAGAAAAGAAAGUUAUCUGCCUCCGGUCACAGAUAAAUCUACUCUCAUUUAAUUUGACCUAUUUAUCUUACUUUAAAACUCACACAUUCUGCAUCAUCCAUCUUAUACAAAUUAUAAGUUUUUGUAUGAAGUUAAUGUAAUUUAGAACCGAAACAUAGCUGUAUAGGUUAAACUUACCAAAACUUUUUUCAAUAUCUGACUAAUAUAAAGAAAUGCUCAAUUGUUCUGUUCUUGUGUGGAUGAUGCCUGGAGAUUUUAUGUUCAAUUGGUGCAUGCCUUGUUUAAAUUUGUAAAGUUUAAUUGAUUUCCACCCUAUUACAAUGAGAGAAUUGAGUUCAGAAACAGUGAGUGCAAGUUUAAAUGUCAUUUCCAGCAGAAUAUCAGCACAUUAUGUGCACAACUUUGGGCACAUAUAUAGGGAGUGGAUUGCAGCAUCUAUACACAAAAGUGAUGAAAAUUGAAUACCAGUAAUGAGUUCUAUGUCAUUUGGAAAGAAAUUCUGUUAAAAUGAAACUAACAAUUAUUUUUAUGAUCUUGCUAAAAGAUAGCCACAUGAAGUAUACAUUUUGGAAAUCAUAGAAAUUUAUAUUUUUCUCAUGGGAUAUUAAUGAAUUUCGAACACAAAUAACAGAGGGUGUAUAUAUUGAUAUUCCAUAGUUAAUUUGUUGUCUUACACAUGUUAUAUACAACUCAUAAGAAUUAUUUAUCACAUGGAUUAUUUGUAAAUAUUUAAAUGUCAUGUAUAUUCGUUUCAUGCUGUACACUAUUUAAUAAAAAUUAUUCAGUA